CAUUUUUUUUUUUGUCGCUGCAGAAUUGACAACCACAGAUAAUAACUCGGGGGAUUGCUAUAACUGCAUUGUCACGGGUAAUAUUUUCAUUGCUUUGGAUUUUUUUGCCAGGAAGAAGACUAGAAAAAUACGAAAGGGAAUAAUACCAGCGGCGUUCAUAAGGCUAACAAUACGUCAAAAUCUGCCGGCCAGGGCAGGGUCUGGUAAUUGUGAAUUCUUUAUGUGUCUUGGGGGAAUAGGUUAGCUAACUAAAUACAAUGAGGAAAAUGUACAUGUCUCGCACAACUCCGAGAUACUCUAUCGAUACCUUUUGUGAGAGGUGGCUCAUGAUAGAUCUAUUUUAGCUCGCUAGUAACUCGCUUGGAUCAAAACUUCAAAGUUUUUUUUUUCUUAUUUUGCUACAAGGUGAGACGAGCUAGACUAACUUCUGUUCGUCACCGGUAAGCCUGAAUAUAAGGCUUAACAAUUUUAAGUGAGUUUCUAUCAUUUUCACGACUGCCAUCAUCACCAGACUACAGUUCGAAUCAUGUCGGGAGAGGUCCGUUUGAAGAAACUGGAAAAGCUGAUCCUGGAUGGCCCAGCUCAGUCAAAUGGCCAAUGCCUUAGUGUGGAAACGCUAUUGGAUAUCCUUAUCUGCCUUUAUGAUGAGUGCAACAACUCACCCCUCAGAAGAGAGAAAAACAUAUUGGAGUUUCUAGAUUGGGCCAAACCCUUCACUUCCCAGGUGAAACAGAUGCGCCUGCACAAAGAGGACUUUGAGAUCCUCAAGGUGAUUGGACGAGGAGCCUUUGGAGAGGUUGCUGUGGUCAAAGUGAAGAAUGCAGACAAGGUGUUUGCCAUGAAGAUCCUCAACAAGUGGGAGAUGCUGAAGAGAGCAGAGACGGCGUGUUUCCGGGAGGAGCGGGACGUGCUGGUGAACGGGGACAGCCAGUGGAUCACCACCCUGCACUACGCCUUCCAGGAUGACAACAACCUGUAUCUGGUGAUGGAUUAUUAUGUGGGUGGGGACCUGCUUACCCUGCUUAGUAAGUUUGAAGACCGGUUGCCGGAGGACAUGGCUAGAUUCUACCUGGCUGAGAUGGUGCUGGCUAUUGACUCAGUGCACCAACUGCACUAUGUCCACAGGGACAUCAAGCCAGACAACAUCCUGAUGGACAUGAACGGCCACAUCCGCUUGGCGGACUUCGGCUCCUGCCUGAAACUCAUGGAGGACGGCACGGUCCAGUCGUCGGUUGCCGUGGGGACCCCGGACUACAUCUCUCCGGAGAUCCUGCAGGCGAUGGAGGAUGGGAAGGGGAAGUAUGGUCCUGAGUGUGACUGGUGGUCCCUGGGCGUGUGCAUGUACGAGAUGCUGUAUGGGGAGACCCCCUUCUACGCAGAGUCAUUGGUGGAGACCUACGGCAAGAUCAUGAACCACAAGGAGGAGUUAGGUGCUGCUGAGCGUUUCCAGUUCCCCCUGCAGAUGACGGACGUGUCCGAAGAGGCCAAGGACCUUAUCCGGCGCCUCAUCUGCAGCCGUGAGCACCGCCUGGGCCAGAACGGCAUUGAGGACUUCAAAUCUCACCCCUUCUUCUCUGGCAUCGACUGGGACAACAUCCGUACGUGCGAGGCCCCUUACAUACCAGAAGUCAGCAGCCCCACAGACACAUCCAACUUUGACGUGGACGAUGACUGUCUCAAGAACUCGGAGACGAUGCCCCCUCCCUCUCACACUGCCUUCUCUGGACACCACCUGCCCUUCGUAGGCUUCACCUACACCAGUAAAUGUACCCUAUCUGACCGGGGCUGUUUGAGGGAGUCGGGUGGUUCGGGUCCGGCACAGAUGGAUGUGUGUGUCCAGCGCAGUCUGGAGGAGAGUCUAGCUACCGAGGCCUACGAGAGGAGGAUACGACGCCUGGAGCAGGAGAAGACUGAGCUCAGCCGCAAGCUGCUAGAGUCGACCCAGACAGUCCAGGCCCUGCAGCACGCGCCAGGAGAAGGACCAGCAUCCGUCCCCUCUAACAAGGAGGUGGAGAUCAGGAGUCUGAAGACUGAGAUUGACAUCCUCAAGAAACAGAUCGCAGACUCGGGUCAACUGGAGCAGAAGUUGGAGGAAGCUACAUCAGCCCGUCGAGAAAUGGAGGGAACAUCCAAACACAUCAGGAGCCUGGAGAAACAGAUGAAGAGCCUCAACCUGGAGAGGGACGACCUGCACAAGGACUUAAUGGAGGCCAGUGAGAAGAUGAAGAGUCAGUCUAAGGAGUUGAAAGAAGCCCACAGCCAGAGGAAGCUGGCCAUGCAGGAGUUCUCCGAGCUCAACGAGCGUUUGACUGACCUCCGAUCAGGCAAGCAGCGCCUGGGCCGUCAGCUCCGGGACAAGGAGGAGGAGAUGGAGGGUUUGUCCCAGAAGGUGGAGGCUCUACGGCUGGAGGUGCGCAAGGCCGAGAGGUCCAAGAAGGAGAUGGAGGCCCAGUCUGAGGAGCAGACAGCAGACGCUCAGAAGGAGAGGAAGCUGAGAGAACGAUCAGAGCAGCACUGCAGACAGCUAGAGGAGGAGCUGGAUGGACUCAAGAAGCAGGUGGGGCCGUCCGCUUCGGUGGUGGGCUCGGACCAGAGCCAGGAAGCGGGGAAGCUGCGUGCCGACCUGGAGAAGAAGACCUUGUUCUACGAGGAGGAGCUGAGCAGGAGGGAGGCGCAGCACGCCAACGAACUCAAGGGCCUCCGCAAGGAGCUCCGGGACGCUGAGGGACAGCAGCUCACCCUGCAGAAGGAGAUCCUGGUGCUCAAGGACAAACUGGAGAAGACGCGCAGGGAGAGCCAAAGCGAGCGUGAGGAGUUUGAGACGGAGUACAAGCAGAAGUACGAGAGGGAGAGGGUCAUUUUGACCGAGGAGAACAAGAAGCUCUCCAGUGAACUAGACAAGCUGACGUCCAUGUUUGAGAAGCUGAGCAGCAGCAACAGACAGCUGGAGGAGGAGAUGAGGGAGCUGGCUGACAAGAAGGAGAGCGUUGCUCACUGGGAGGCCCAGAUCACUGAGAUCAUACAGUGGGUGAGCGAUGAGAAGGAUGCGCGAGGUUACCUCCAGGCUCUGGCCACUAAGAUGACUGAGGAGCUGGAGGGACUGAGAAACACCAGCCUAGGUGCCAGGGCCCCGCAGGACAUGCCGUGGAAGGUGCGGAGGUUCGCUAAGCUGGACAUGUCAGCCCGUCUGGAGCUGCAGUCUGCACUGGACGCUGAGAUCAGAGCCAAGCAGACCAUCCAGGACGAACUGAACAAAGUCAAGGCCUCCAACAUCUCCACUGAGUGUAAGCUGCAGGAGUCGGACACUAAGAACCAGGACCUGCUAGCUGAGAUUGAGAGGCUGAAGAAGGAGACUGAGGAGCUCCGCCUGCGCAGGGGUGUGAAGCACCAGGACUCCCAGAACUCUUUUCUGGCCUUCCUCAACGCCCCCACCACAGCCUUGGACCAGUUCGAUGAUUAUUUUUCCUCGUCCUCAUCCUCUUUAAUAGAUUUUUGGGAAGACCGCUCUCCAUCCGUUGGGCCAACUAGCAAAGGCAGACGUGUGGACUCGGUGGACAACUUCACUCCCUCCAACACUCCAUCCAGAGGCGAGGACUCCAAGUCCCAGCUCAAGUCACGCUCACGGUCGCCCUCCAUGGCCAGCGACGUGGAGCCUAUAGAGUUGAUAGACCACCCCCCACGGCCAGUCCAGACCGCCACCAUGCGGUCAGGAGGGUACGGUAGUAUUGGCCGCUCAUCACCCAAGCCCAAAGCCCACCAGUUUGUGGUGAAGUCCUUCAGUGCUCCAACCAAGUGUAACCAGUGCACCUCUCUCAUGGUGGGACUCAUCCGCCAGGGCUGCACCUGCGAAGUGUGUAACUUCUCGUGCCACGUGACAUGUGCUGACAAGGCUCCAGCAGUGUGCCCCGUGCCACACGACCAGACCAAGGGGCCAUUGGGCAUUGACCCUCAGAGGGGCAUCGGCACUGCCUACGAGGGACACGUCAGAGUGCCCAAGCCAACGGGGGUGAAGAAGGGUUGGCAGCGGGCGGUUGCCGUAGUGUGUGACUUCAAGCUCUUCCUGUAUGAGCUUGGAGAGGGCAAGGCCACGACGCCCAGUGUGGUGGUCAGUCAGGUCAUAGACAUGAGGGAUGAGGAGUUUUCAGUCAGCUCUGUUCUGGCGUCUGACGUCAUUCACGCCAGCCGCAAGGACAUUCCAUGUAUAUUCAGGGUGACUGCUGCCCAGCUGUCCGCCUCCUCCAGUCACAAGCCUUCCAUCCUGAUCCUGGCCGACACCGACCACGAGAGGAACAAGUGGGUGGGGCUUCUCAACGAGCUGCAGCGCAUCCUCAAGAAGAACAAGCUGAAGGAGCGUUUUGUCUACGUGCCCAAAGAGGCCUACGAUAGCACGCUGCCGCUCAUCAAGACCACGCAGUCCGCCGCUAUUAUAGACCACGAGCGUGUUGCCCUGGGCAACGAGGAAGGACUUUAUGUUAUCCAUGUCACCAAAGAUGAGAUCAUCCGCGUGGGAGACAAUAAGAAGGUCUACCACAUCGACCUGGUCCCCCAGGAGCAGCUCCUAGCAGUCAUCUCCGGUCGUAACCGCCACGUCCGCCUCUUCCCCAUGGCCGCGCUGGACGGACGGGAGAUGGACUCUUACAAGCUGGCCGAGACCAAGGGCUGCACAGCGCUGGUGUCCGGGCCCGUCCGAAACAACUCCCUCAUCUGUCUGUGUGUGGCCAUGAAGAGACAGGUCAUCUGUUACGAGGUGAACAAGAGCAAGGCGCGCCACCGCCGGCUGCGGGAGCUCCAAACCCCAGGUCCUGUCCAGUGGAUGGGUCUCCUGAGCGAGCGGCUGUGUGUGGGCUACCAGGCUGGCUUCACGCGCUACAGCGUGCACGGGGACUGUGCCCCGGUUAGCCUGCUGCACCCCGAGGACCACACCCUGGCCUUCAUAUCCCAGCAGGGCCUGGAUGCGUUGUGUGCCGUGGAGAUCUCCUCCAAGGAGCUGCUGCUAUGCUUCUCAGCCAUAGGGGUCUAUGUGGACUCGCAGGGCCGCCGCUCGCGCCAGCAGGAGCUGAUGUGGCCGGCCGUGCCCAACUCCGCCUGUUAUAACGCCCCCUACCUGUCAGUGUACAGUGAGAAUGCUGUGGAUGUGUUUGAUGUCAACACAAUGGAGUGGAUUCAGACCGUCCCACUAAAGAAGGUGCGACCUCUGAACCCUGACGGAUCCCUGAACCUCCUGGGUCUGGAGACCGUGAGGCUCAUAUACUUCCGAAACAAGACGGCAGAGGGUGAUGAGCUGGUGGUCCCCGAGACUUCUGACAACAGCAGGAAGCAGAUGGUUCGCAGCUUGAACAACAAGAGACGCUUCUAUUUCAGAGUCCCCGAAGAGGAGAGGCUACAGCAGAGGAGAGAGAUGCUGAGAGACCCAGAGAUGAGGAACAAGCUGAUCUCCAACCCCACCAACUUCAACCACGUGGCCCACAUGGGACCUGGGGACGGCAUCCAGAUCCUCAAAGACCUGCCCAUGAACGUGCGUGUUCAGGAGAGUCGUGCUGCAGGCUUCAGUGGCUCCGUGUCCAUCCCCUCCAUCACCAAGAACAGAGCCGAGCCGGGACGGUCCAUGAGCGCCAGCAGUGGACUGGGCAUCCGUUCGUCAUCUCAGAACGGCAAUGCGCUGAGGAGAGAGCUGUCCGGGGGUAGCUACAGCUCUAAGCGCCAGACCAUGACCUCUCCCUCCGAGAGCUCCUUGUCCUCCGGAGGGGGUAUGGACGGCUGCAGCGACGCACCCCUCUCCCAGUUCGACAGAGAGUGGCAGGCGGUCUCACCAUCGGAGAAGACCCCCGAUCUGAAAAGGGCUUUAAGGACCCUGCUUAGUAAGAUGAAGGACUCUGACUCACCCCGUCACUCAACGGCGUCCAACAGUUCUACGUUCAGCAGUCCCCCCAGCCCGGCCUCACCCCACAAGACCAAGUCCCUCUCACUGGAGAGCACAGACCGCAUGAGUGGCUGGGACACAUGAGUGACAGACCGCACACAGCUCCAUUCCCUGACCCUCACCAAGCUCCCGGGCCCGCCCCCCUUCCCGGGCCCUGCCCACGGAACUGCACCCGCUGCCACAGGGAAAGGAAGUGUUUGACCAAGAGGGAAAUACUGGGAAAGGGUGUGUGUGUGUGUGUGUGUGUGUUCAUGUUUGUGUGUGUGUGUGUGUUUUUGAGGGAGGGCAUACAAUAUAGGAAUUAAAAUGUACACCCCCUUUCAUCUGCUUUGUAGCUGAUAACCAGAAUAAGCGAAGCGCUGAGUUUUAUUGAGAGUACUUUUGAUUGCAGCACUACUAGCCCCGUAUAGAUUAUUAUGUCAUUGGCAACUCCUGUAAAGAGACACACAAACCUCAAGACGCGACAAGGAGAAGAGGAUCAAUAUGAAACAACAGAUCAUUUGAUACGUGUACAUAGCACCCUUUGGGCUUGGGGGGUGGCCACCUUUUAUUUAUUCAUCUAUCUAUCGAAGACAUGGAGAGCAAGGUGCUUUGCAGCUAGAGGAGAAAGAGAGGAUAUUUUCACUCUCUCUUUUUCCUUCUGUUGCUUUCUUCCAAAACGGUAGUUGGCAGCAGAAGAAGAGGGGGAAUUCCAUUUACAAUACAAGGCUCACAAAAUAACAUUUUUUUUUUAAUUAAGAAAAAAAGAAAGCAAUGAUGUAUUUUAUUUUUUUGCUCAUGAAGUGAAAUAUGUGCCGUGACUUAAUUUCUUCGUACCAUCAGCGAAAAGCUACAGUAAAGCAGUACAAAAACAAGUAUGGUUAGGGGUAUUUUAACUCUAGGUGACACCUCGCUGGCUUCAUGUUCUCGAAUUCUUAGGGACAGCGGUGUUUUAGAAGCAGACUGAACAUUCUAUGAUGACAUCACAGCUCCUUAUGCGACUUCCUCAUGACAUGGGCCAGUGACCUCAUCCAGUGAUCUGGGACCAUUUUCCAUGUAGUGUCGACCUAGUACCGUAAGUGCAGUAAUAGACCAACCACCGAUCAAUUCCAAAAAGCCGAUUCCCAUCACAACCAUGUACAUAGGUUAAAAUCAGAGAAUAAUAUAUGAUAAGGGAAAUACUAUAGAGAAAUAGAUGAUGGGGAGAAGAUCCUCGAUUCCUGUUUAUCUUUUGAGUAUGAUUUGGGGUGAUAUCCGCACGAAAGCCAUUUUAAACCACUUCAAGUUCCUCUAAUUUUGCUUUUAGAUUGGUUUUCGUUUUUUUUCUUUCUAUUUCAUAUAUGAGACACAAACUGUCAAGUGUCAUUUUGAUUUGCGUUUGAGGAAACUAAUAUUAUGGGUCACAUGGACCCCGUGCUGUUAAGUGAAUAUGUGCAUUUAUUUGAAGCGAUCGUCUUGUCACAGAUGCAUGCGUUCACACACACAUGCACACACACACACACGCGCGCGCGUGCGAACACACACACGGGCGCGCGUGCGAACACACACACGGGCGUUUCCCCCGCCACUCUUUCCACUAUGGUCCACAGUUGGAUCAGUUUGAGGUGGGAUUGCAUCUUUCCUAACUGACAGUCAUUCUGAAACACUAAGUGUGUAUUUCCAUAUUUUUCUCUGUGGUACCAACGUGUGAACCUCAAAUAUGUUGUAUCCUUUGACUUCCGAGACAGAUUUUGGAAAGCUUGUUAUAACCAAAAAUAGAAUGACUUGGAAUCUUGAGUCUUUGUUAUUUUUCAGACAGCCUUGCUUAUUUUGAAGAAUGUUUUGAUAGGUUAUGGGGGGGGGGGGGGGGGACAAUUGUAGAUGUCGAUUUGACUAGACAGACAGACAGCGCUAGGCUGAAAUGCGGGGUCAAAAAAGAGUGAAAUAAUGGAAAAGAAAUGCUAAGAUCAAUGUUUAAUUUCUGUUCCAAUCCUCCCUGCUGUCAUAUGUUCUUACUAUUGUCUGGUAAUGCAAUAACCUUGAUACAAGCCACAAAUUGGGGUCAAUUCCAUUUUUUUUCAGUCAAUUCAAGUUCCAUUCCAAUUUUCCUCAAUGCUUCUUUGUGACAAAUUUGGAAUUAGAAUUUCUGUUUACUUUCUGAAUUGCCUACAUUGAAAUGGACCCCAACCCUAAUGCAAAUCACAGCAUGGUGGGUGUUGUUGAUGUGUAUUUAUAUGUGGAAAUGAAACAAGCUUUGGGUCGAGUGCCUAGAUCAGCUGACUCUUCUCUCUCAAGCGGAAGGGAGGGGACCCUUAUUCUGGAAAGGGGACUUUUUUCAUUUCUAAUGAGGAAUUAUUUUUAUGUUACAGACCGUUUAAUGAAUGACCGUUGUUACUUACUGUUCAAAGGGACCUUCUGUCUUAAGGUUUAGGAGUGUUGAAGUGUACCAAGUAGUCAAACAUGGCAGUUUAUCGAUCCUAGUCAGAAGUGUAUACAAAUAUAAGAUUUCAGAUUUCUGCUUUCAUUCGUGCCAUUGGGGGCCUAAACCUUAACCCUAAACCACAGUUCUAUUAUAUUCCCUUGAAAAGACAGUCAUUUAUCUCUAGCCUACUCAUUCCACGUGUUUUUAGAAUUCCAUUUUAUAUUGAGCUUUUGCAAAAUAAGAAUUUGCUUUAGACGUCAGUCUCGCUAAGUUGGUUUUACUCAACCGUCUCAACUUAACCACCUCUCUUAAGAUUUCCUUUUAAAGCUACCAAGAGUCUCUAUUCAUAUCUGCUGGGCCUUGUCUGUAGAAUGUAUUAGCUGAGAGCGAAGAGGAAAUAUCUUAGUCUGAGAGUAUGGUAGACCAGGCUUUAUACUGUACAGUUAAAGGCCUGAAAUCCCAGUUAAAAAUAAAAUAUGUAAUAAAAAAACUAAACUCAGGAAUGUCAGAACCAAUGAUUAUUUUCACCCUAACAAUGGAAGUGAGUGUGACAGAACAGACUACACUUGGGAAAGAAGAGCUACAUUUAGCCGUAGUGUAGCCAGCUGUGACUAGGCGUAAGGGUCUAAAGAUUCAGGUGGAAGAAAAGACGGAUACACGGAGGAAGAACUCAGACAAGUGUUUUGAAUUAAGGAUGAAAAGGGGUGAAGGAGCAGAUGGAGGGGUAGUAGUUUGAGGCUGAGGUGUCACCAUGAUAACCAUUCAAAAAUAUACAAAAAAAACGCCUUUGCAUUUCAGUGAGGUCUUAUCUUCAGUUCCUUCUAUAUUAUUUUGUUCUUUCAUAUCAUAUUAUACACCUUGUUUUUCUAGGAUUGCUUUGUAAUAAUUUGUACAGUUUUGCAUGUUAUAGAUGUAAUCAUUUGAUUUGUUUUGGGAUUUGUUUUUAAUUUUGACUUGCUCAUUUUAUUUGAACGGUUUUGGGGAGUUUUAUUGAGGAUACCCACUACAGGUGAUGUAGAUUCUUUUUGCACAGAAAUAUUUAAGGUGUAAGGUCAAACAAAUAAUGUAUGGAAACUGGCCACCACACUUGUGGAGAACUCAUUAUAUUAACCUGACUCCAAUGUAUUUCAAUAAAGCGGAGGGCUGUUACAAAUACGGCUUCACUGAG